AGUUAAAGUAUUCUUUAAGAUUAUCGUUCUUUCUAAAUUAACUUGUUGUCGGUACUUUUGAGUACUUUGUUUCUAUUGUAUUUGCUAAAACUUUUGGUUCUAACCAUUUGCAGUGUUCACUAUUUUUGGUCAUCGAUUUCUUUUGUUUCUGGGUAUUGUAUCUAGUUUGUUUUUAAAAACCCUUGUUAUGUGGUUAGACAGUGCAAAAAAAGCAGUUGUUAACGUCCAGGUUCUCGAUACUCCGUUGGGAGCGGCAUACAGUGCGAUGAAUUCCAAUGAUGGUACCAAGAGGUUUGCAUGAGUCUAAUGACUGCGGCCUUCAAACGUUUUAGUAUAUAUGGUUGCGCAUGAGCAUGACAUUUAGUUGAUAAAACAGCUACUAAAUCAGCUAAUGCCUCAGGAUAUCUCCGUAAUUACCUUGCUAAAAGUGUAUAAAAUAGGUAACAGAAUCAAACCAGGCCUCAAAGUAGUAUUCAAAUCUCCCAUUAAAUGGUACUUAAUACUACAGGAUGGACAUAAACUAAAGGGGUCAGGAGUUUUUGUCCGUAAGGACUUUCCCCGCGCAGACCGUGUAAAAAGACGAGGAGCCAGAAAAGAACUAAAACUUAGGUUAGACACUGGCGAAAGGGACCUCAAAAUUGUAAGUUUUUGGGCUAAGGUCUCGAAAAAGAAUGGUGACGAAGCCACCCUUAGUGCAGCAUAAAGCCAUUUAAAUAGGCUUUGGAUGUUACACGCAUAAAUCAAAAGUCCUAGUGGCGAUUGACCUGAUCAGUGCAAUGCAUAGGAAUCAUAAUCUAUCAAUGCAGUUGGUGUAGUAAAGUGAGAACUACGUUGGGAAUCAGUUUCUGUGCAAUUGGUUUAGCUCACAGUGAAUGGUCUUCUGCUUUAAAUUAAUGGUUCUGCCGGUCUCUAUAGUAUUAGACAGAAAGCUUUAGUCCUUUGAAAUUACUGGUUGAUGUACAUGCGUUCCGGGUGUACGUUGUGAUUGACUGAUUUAUUAAUUUCACUUUAUUGUAGGACAGUUACAAUAGAAAUGGAUCUUUCAGUUCAGAAUAAAGUGAUCAAGCAUUUAGAAGAAAUAGAAGAAGCUGGUGAAAUGGUAUUAGCUAAGCAACAAGAAUGCAUAGUUUACGACAGGAAUCGGCAAAAAUCACGUGAAGCUGUGCGAAAGCUAAUGCAAUUGGAUUCAGAAAAUAAACAGUGGGCGUGCUUAUCUGACCAGUUCUUUCUGUUUCCAUCUGUUGGAUUAAGGAAAGCAAUUGAGGAGGAUAUUAAAGUUUAUGAUUCUGAAAUCCAGAAAUUAAAUCACCAAUUAAAGGAAGAUAUUAAUUGGUUACAUGAACUUGAAGGUAAAGAACCCCUCAAAGGAUUUGACUUGUUGCCACUAAAAAAUUAAAAAC